AUGAUCGUUCAGGAGGAUACGUUGGUGAUGCCAUAUUUCAUAUCAUCGUCGACAUGGACAGAGGGGAGAGACAGCGAGUCCAAGAUGGUCAACCGUCAUAUCCAAGUCUCCUCACAAGUCUCGCUCAUCACCGUCUACCACGACCAUCACCACCCACCGCUCAGCCACGUAUAUCCCAUCCUCCGCACCGGCGCUCCCUCUGACGGUCAAAAACCGAUCGAGUACACUAUCCCCUCACUGGGCGUCAGUGACCCUCCACCAGGCACGAGGCGGAGGAAUACAGCGAGGCACAGCGACAGCGACACAUCUCCUACGCCGACACACCGGCGUGGACGCUCUCAUCCCACUGGCACCCCACCGGAACACGAUGGCAAAGAGUUCAAAGCUGAGCGGGCAACUCCAGAUCCCUUUACCCCGAUAUUCAUCCCCGCCCGGUGGCAUGCGAACUAUCACAGCCCGUUUCUCACCAUGUCCUCAGACGGAUUGUCGCUCACCUACACCAGCGCGGGCGGACAUGGAGAUCGGGAUGCAGCUACAGCGCUGGCGUCGCAUCCUAUUCCACCCCAUGUGGGUGUGUACUACUACGAAGUCGAGGUGCAAGAUAAGGGCCUAAACGGGUACAUCAGCAUCGGCCUCUGUAAGCAAGACAUGCCACUCGGCCGUCUACCUGGAUGGGAGUACGGAAGCUGGGGAUAUCAUGGGGAUGAUGGGCAUGCGUUCACGGGCACGCACGCGGAUACGGACUAUGGGCCCAAGUUCUCUACGGGUGACACGAUCGGCUGCGGGGUGGACUUCACCACCGGUGCGGCCUUCUACACCAAGAACGGGCUUAUGAUUGGUCCCAUAUUCCCAGAACUCACGCAGCACGGCCCACUCUGGCCCUGCGUCGGCCUGCGCUCGCCGAACGAAUGUAUCAAGGCGAACUUUGGGCAGAAAGACUUUCUCUUCGACGUCGACGGCUAUGUUCGUAGGCGGAAGGACACAGUGCUGCGGGAAGUUGAGAAGUGGGCUGUCCGCGCAUUACCCCUGUCUGUCAGUGCUGCGGUCAAGCUGGAGGACGAAGACGCUCCGGGGGGAGGGAACGUGGUCGUACGGUUCACUGGCGGUCCGAAGGCGGCGGAAGAUGCACUCUUCCGACGGCGGGCUCGACGGCUCACUCUUGGUGCAGCAAGCGAGCGAACUCCGAAGAAGUCUUCAAAGAGGGAGAGCAUCGCCUCCCGUGCAGCUGUCGACUCCUCCGCUGCGGAAGAUGGGAAGAAGGGGCAUAAAGCCAGCAACUCUGUCGUCUCCCUCUCCGCAGGUGCAGGGAAGGGCGUGACAGGGGUGGAAAGGAGCGAGGAGGACGAACUGAGGAUGGCACUGGAUGCUCUUGUGCUCGAUUAUCUGGCACAUCAGGCGCUUGUUGGGAGUGUCCAUGCGCUGGCGCGCGAAUCAGCCACACGUGACAGGGAGGACGGGGUGCCGGGUGAAGCAGCGAGCGUGAUAGGGAUGGACAUCUCACGGCCAGCGAGCGCGAUGGACGUCGAUGUGCCGUCCACUUCAACAACCGAGGCAGGAAUAUGGAAUCUCCCAAUGAACUCUAUCCGUGCACGCCGGGAGAUCACCACGCAUAUACUUGCAGGCUCGAUAGACCCAGCGAUGGAACUGAUCGCCCUCCACUGGCCUGGCUUGCUUCGCACACGCGCGGUGCAAGAGAGUGCGAUAGAAGAAGACCCAACAGAUGGAGAAGCGGAAAAGGAGGUAUACUCUGAGCUGAGCUGCAGACUCGAAUGCAGAAAGUUUGUUGAGCUCGUACUGGCCUACUCUGCCUCGCCCCUCGGCUCGCCCAUCUCCCCCGUAUCCACGGCAUAUACCAUCCACGCUGGUCAGAACCCACCUUCCUCCCCACCUGCCUCGCCCUCUAUCCCCGCACCCACCCCACCUUCUCAGGAACUGGACGAAGCCUUCUCCUUCGGGAGAGUACUGCAUCACCGAUACUCGGAUGCUGCAAACCCCGAGAUGCGCGCCCUGGUGAGCAGAACGUUCUCCCUUUUGGGAUUUGCGAGGCCGGAGGAAGCGGGUGGGGACCUGGCUGUUCUCGUCGGCCCUGGGGCGCGGGAAGAGCUUGCUCAGUGGGUGAACGAAGUGAUAUUACUAGGAGCAGAAGGACACUCGGAUCGCCCGGCGCUCGCACGCGCUUGGGCUCAGACCGCGACGGUCAUGGCUCAGCUUGGGCAGUCUGGGGGUGGUAAGGCGGCUUUCAUUGACGUGAGGGAGGUCGUUGGCGGUGAGGUCGUGUUCGCUUGGUCGCCUUACGCCAUCGCAUUCUAUUUACACAACGACGUAUACCCCGCCCUCCUCUCCCCGUCGACCUGCCGUCCUACUGCGCCGACACCAGGAACUGACGUCGCGAAGCGCACGGUGCGCUCGAUCGCCUCGCUCGGCCGCCUUGGUUGGUUCUGGGGGAGUUUGUUCUACGUGAUCACCGUUGGGUACCGGGGGCACGACGCGGGUGAUGACCGCGCGAGGACAGCUAUGGGGAUCAUCGUUUGGGUUUGGGGGAACGACGCGGGUGGUGACCGCGAAGGAGGGCAUGCGGGUGGUGACCGCAAAGAUCGGCUCUGGGGGGAUGCAGUGGCCAAGGCAGUUGGCUGUGGGGGAGUGCACACUUUAAUCGUUCUGGGGGAUCAUCGUUGGGUACUGGGGGCACGCGAAUGGUGA